ACAACCUCGACUGUGGCAGCUGAAGACGAAAAUUUAUAACACCAGGGUACCAAAGCGAACAGGCGGACAAGACAGUGUGUCGCUGGUUGUUGAUAACGUCUUAUUAUCCGGUAACGUGGUGAUGCAAUGAGAAAACCCGAGCGAGGCUUGGACAGCGCCGCUAAACCGGGUAAACCGACUGUGGACUUGCCAGCCGCAAAGACUUCACUGACUUCAGAUUAAAAAAAAAAAAAAAGCAACCCUGAAAUGUUUAUACAUUUCCCAGUGUCCUGAGAGCUGCAGACUUGAACACCUCAUUGAGCCACCACCAGGAGUCACAGAUAUAUAAAGAUUUCACACUCCAGCUUAGCAAACAGACAUCAUGUCUUCCAGGGAACGUCGGUCAGAUGUCUACAUAAAGGCAGAACCAAGCAGUCCAGAGGGAGGCGGGGGAGGUCGGACCAGCCCCGGCGGGGCCUCCUCAGACUCCUCUCAAAGUGGAGGUGGAGGAACCAGAGGAGACAGCGUUAAACGUUACUCCCCGCCGCUCUACACGCCCGCUCUGCGCUGUAACUUCAAAGACGAGGGCGGAGACGGGGCAGAGGAGGGCUCCACUGGAAAUGGAGCAGGGCGAUGCAAGUACGCCCUGAGCACGUUACCCAAGAGGCUGUGUUUAGUAUGCGGAGAUGUGGCGUCGGGUUACCACUACGGUGUGGCGUCAUGUGAGGCCUGUAAAGCAUUCUUCAAGAGAACUAUCCAAGGAAACAUUGAAUACAGCUGUCCAGCAUCGAAUGAGUGUGAGAUCACCAAAAGGCGUAGAAAGGCCUGUCAGGCAUGCCGCUUCACCAAGUGCCUCAAAGUAGGCAUGCUAAAAGAGGGAGUUCGUCUUGAUAGGGUCAGAGGUGGAAGGCAGAAAUACAAAAGGCGCCCAGAAGUGGAGAAUGCAACAUACCAGAGUGCCCCUCUACCACUAACAAAGGAGAGUGAAAAAGGAUCUUCCAACAUCAUUGUGUCCCACCUCCUAGUGGCAGAGCCAGAAAAGUUAUUUGCCAUGCCUGACCCUCUGCAGCCCGAUACAGCCCAGCGCACACUCACCACCCUGUGUGACCUCGCUGACCGUGAGCUGGUCGUCAUCAUCGGCUGGGCCAAACACAUUCCUGGCUUCCUGUCUCUAUCCCUAGCAGACCAGAUGUCUGUGCUGCAGUCGGUGUGGCUGGAGGUGCUGGUGCUGGGCGUAGCGUACCGCUCGCUUGGCUGUGAGGACGAGGUGGUGUUCGCUGAGGAUUUUGUCCUUGACGAGGAGAUGUCACGUGUUGCGGGACUGACAGAGCUAAAUGCAGCAAUUAGUCAACUCGCUCGCCGUUUCCGUGCACUAAAUGUGGACCGGGAGGAAUUUGUCAUGCUAAAAGCCAUCGCCCUCACUAACUCAGACUCUGUUUACAUUGAGGACAUGGAGGCCGUGCAGAAGCUGCGGGACCUCCUCCACCAGGCCCUGCUGGAGCUGGAAUGUCAGCGGCGCCCAGAUGACCCCCAGAGGGCAGGACGCCUCCUUUUAACAUUGCCCCUCCUCCGACAGACUGCUGGUCGUGCUCUGACCACUUUUUACAGCAUCAAGACCCGUGGUGGUGUACCCAUGCACAAACUAUUCCUGGAGAUGCUGGAAGCCAUGAUGGACUCUCCCUAGAGCAGAAAAGGGCUGAAUCAGAGAGGAUGCAGUGAGAGGAAAGACCCAACAGAGAUCCAGACUUGAUGAGUGGUUUGUGAGAGAUGAAGAUUUUAUUUCAAAAUAAUAAUAAGGGAAAUUUCCCUUGUUCCCUUUUUUCAAGGGUACACAAACUAAGGAAAAUAAUAUGAGAAAAGAAAAACCUCAUGUAUUCAUGUCCCUGAGUGGGAAUUGGUUAUUUACAGUGAGAUGUAACUGCCAAACUACAGUAAGAGGCUGCAAGAGUGCAAACAUCGAAGACAAAUGCCAGGAAACGGCUCCGUUUCAACUAUUUCAUGAUGUGUUUCACCACAGCAUUGAUCUGCAGUUUUAUCAGCACCGAAGAAGAACGAUAUUUAGGUACCUGAGAACAGACUGCAAUCACGUGGCUUUUGGACUUUUUUUUAAUUAAUGCAACAUCUACUCAUGAAAGCCAUAGUAACAUAUCUGGGGUAAGACUCAAGGGUCCAGUUAAGGGUCUGAUUGACAUGCACAUGGAGGGCUUGUAUUUACUAUAGUUUAGUCGUAGGCAAAUCCAUAGGAAUUACUUGCAAUAUGUUAAAAGCAAUAUUAUGACUCGAUUAUUGUCUGUCACAUUUAAAAUGUGGAUAAAAAGGAGAGACAUCUAGUUGUGCGUUUGUAUAUCAGUAGUUCUCCACUCCAUGGACCCUGAAGUGUUGAUUUUCUGUCCAGUCUAGCUCCCAGGAGGGUCUGGAUUGGGCCAGAAAGGAACUACCAACACUGUCAGAGUAAAAUCCUGGAGUUGGAACGUACUGAAGUACACAGCAGGUGCAGGAUUCUUUAUAAAAGGUUGUGCAAUUGUUUUGCAGUCCAGGAGAAGAUUCUGUGGGUUAAAAAAAGUUCUCCACUUGGAAAGUAAAUGCAGUGUUGUAUUUUAAGUGUCACACAUAAAACUUGCUUCCAUACAAGUAAGCAAGUAUGUUUGUGUGCAGACAUAAGCCUGAUUUAUACUUCUGCUUCCAAUCUACGCUGAAGCUAUGCCAUAGUGGCCUACACCACCGUGAGCACUACACAUUAGUGCUUUGUUGUCUGCGUAGCUCUGCAAUACUCCGCCUUCAAACGAAGUGCACUUGAGAUAUAUUCAGAUGGUAACUAAGUACAAUUGAUGAAGUGCUGUAGCUAUUUAACUCGCACCAGAGUUCACACACACAGUACCCAACGAUACUACCCAGCAGACCAAUCACAGAGCUUGCAGUCUGCGUUGUUUCAACGCAUAGUUUCAUUUUUGAGGAGGUGCACGUCAGGCUUCAUACGCAGGCCUAUGUGUAGGAACAGGGCUAUGGGAACCUUCGGAGUAUGCCACAACCUAGGUUUGACACAGAAGUAUAAAUCAGGCUUAACACAUUGGGCUGCACCGAGAUCAGGGAAGAACACAACUAUUUGACAUGAAAGCCAGUGUGGCAACAACAGUGCUUAGAAAAGAAAUGCAUAUAACUCAUCUGCUUUUUUAUUCUAUUCCCCUUCUUCUACCACUAUUUUUGACUUCAGCAGCUGUGCUGUUAAAAAAAUAUCCGUCUGACCUUCUGAUUUUCUAUAACUUAUAAUGCUAACCCAAAAUGACUGAUAGGUGUAUGAUGAGAGUCUGCUGUAUUUUUUUUUUGCGGCAUGGAAGAACGUAGCAUAAAAGAUAAGAGUUGUUUCAAUGUGAGAUCUGUCCUUUGUGUCUUUACAUCUGCCUAACUCCAAUUUGAAAGUGCCCGUGAUGGGCUCGGGACAGGAAAUGAAACGUAUACAUCAUCUUCCUUUUGGAUGUUGAAAUGUUGUUUGACAACAUCCUGACAGUCGUACUCUCUGUUCAGCAGGUCUGUAUACUUACAGUAGAAAUUAUCAAUACAUUAAGCUUCAAAUGCAAGGCUACAGUAUCUGAUGGCACAAUCAGAUCAAAACUAACAUUUAGUGGCCAAACGGUUAACAAUCCUUUAGCCUGGUACAGUUCCAUUUCAAGAAACAGUAACAUGCCAUUUAUAGUUAAAGAUAAUAAAGCCAGCAAAUGUGAUGCAAAUUCCCCAUUAAAAUUCUAUUUGUGCAGCUUACAGUGUUCUGAAAUUUGUAAAGACUUGAAACUUGAUUUUUCAUACAUUUUUCUUUUUAGGAUUUAAGGGUAUUUUAUUUACAUUGUGACACUGUUGUGGGUUUGGUAUUAAAUGAAGCUUUCCAUUCAGGACGUUAUGAAUACUAACUGUUUUUAUUUUAAUGUGAGCGAUGGUGUGUUUUCUGAAGCGGAUUGUCGUUUUAGGGAUCAAUGGCUAUCUAGAUUUAGCAGCAUGGUGAAGUUACAGAGGGCUACCUCAGGAGGCACAGUGAGCCAGAUGGCCAAAAGCUGUGGAGACAAAUGUAAUGGUUGAUCAUUGAAUUCGCUGAUUUGAUUAUUGGGUUUUAUUGAAUGUCUUGCAGUCGCGCAAAUACCUGAGAUUUAUUCUGUCUUAGUUUUGAUCUCUUUAAGGUCUACAUGGCUCAUUAAUCAAGCUUUAGAAGAUGCCCUGUGGUACAAAGUGACUGUUGCUGGUUUUACAGGAAUAAUGAUGCAGCUAGAAAACACUGGAGGUCAUUUUACAACAGUUCAUAAUGAAAAUAUUCACACAGAUGAUACUAAGUACAGCCAGCGCUCUGGAGCAGGAAGUGAUACCUCUGACUCACCUGCUUUUAUUUCAUGGUUACAACAUAAACAUUACCGUCAUCUCAAAAAUGUUUUUGUCUCUGAUGUGUUUACUAACCGACAUUCUGAAACAGUAACCAACUUUGAAGUAAACUAGCCUGGGUCAGCUUAGAGCUGUGAACGCUUCUUUAUAUUCACCUGGUCACGUACACAAAGGUCCUAUUUUCAUUGGCAAACAAAUCUGAUUUAGGUACGGGGGUUAGGGUAAAGGCAGGGUUAUUUGCAGUGUCUCUGAUGAAAUGAUCAAGUCAUUUGUAGUUUUAUUAAAUAUGUGCGCAUUAAUACAAAUGAGCAAUACAAUAAAUUACCAAACCUCACACAUUUCCUUGUAUAGCCACGAUGUACAUUUAACAUUGCCAGUUAUAAUGAAGAAUAGCUACUAAACGUUCUAUUAUUUAGAAGUUCAAAUCAAUGUUUGUAUUUAAAAAAAACUAUUUAAAUGAUUAAAUUCUAUUUUUUACUCAAUUUUCUGUUGUUUGUUGACCCUGCUUUAUUUUUGUGUGCGAUAUUGGCUGUGAAUUUCUGUGUGUAGGCUCUUUUUCUUUCUGUUUAAUUUAGAUAAACCAGUUUGAUGUCCUUGUCUAAACAUGUCCACAUAAAAAUCACUGUGAAAAAAGUGAGCUCUUCCACUGUCUGAUGCAACAGGGAGUGGAUUAUUGUAGGUGCUUUGUGUUGUGUAAUAAACGGACACACCACCACCACCACA